AGAGGAAGGUGCAUUUGGAAUAAGGUCCCCUCCCGCUUUCCUGCAGCCGGGCGUUCUUAGGAGUGGGUGUCCCCGGCGCUACCGCGUCUCUGGACAAAUGCUGAGAUGCCGAGCGGAAGCCGCUGCCCGGAUUGCGGCUCCUCUGAGCUCGUGGAAGACUCGCAUUAUUCGCAGAGCCAGCUGGUGUGCUCCGACUGCGGCUGUGUGGUCACCGAAGGGGUCCUUACUACCACCUUCAGCGACGAGGGCAACCUCAGAGAAGUGACAUAUUCCCAAAGCACAGGGGAAAACGAGCAAGUUAGCCGCAGCCAGCAGCGAGAUCUCCGUCGAGUGAGAGACCUGUGUCGGAUCCUGAAGUUGCCCCCAACAUUCGAGGAGACCGCCAUCUCCUACUACCAAAAGGCCUAUCAGCUGUCUGGCAUCCGCGCUGCGAGGCUCCAGAAGAAGGAAGCGUUAAUUGGAUGCUGUGUUCUCAUCUCCUGCCGGCAACAUAACUGGCCCCUGACCAUGGCCACCAUCUGCACCCUGCUGUAUGCAGAUCUGGAUAUGUUUUCUGGCACCUAUAUGCAGCUGGUGAAGCUUCUGGGACUGGACGUGCCAGCUCUGUGCCUGGAAGACCUGGUGAAGUCUUACUGCGGCAGCUUCAAACUGUUCCAGGCUUCCCCAUCCAUGCCAGCCAAAUAUGUGGAGGAUAAAGACAAGGUACUGUCUCGAACCUUGCUGCUGGUGGAGCUGGCAAAUGAGACAUGGCUCGUGACUGGGCGCCAUCCCCUGCCUGUCAUCACUGCAGCCACCUUCCUGGCAUGGCAGUCUCUGCGGCCUUCAGACCGACUGACAUGUUCACUUGCCCAGUUCUGUAAACUGGCAAACGUGGACCUGCCCUACCCAGCUGCCUCCCGGCUGCAGGAGCUGCUGACUGUGCUGCUUCAGAUGGCUGACCAGCUGGCUUGGCUGCAGGUCCUAAAGCUUGACAAGCGGACUGUGGUGAAGCACAUUGGUGACCUCCUCCAGCACCGCAACAUGCUGAUGCGCUUGACUUUUCGAGAUGUAACAGCAGAAGCGGAGACCCAGAAGCAGCAGCCGGGGGAACAAGGACAGCAAGAAGCGGAAGAUAGUACCUUUGAUUUGCCCAAGAGGAAACGCCCAGCCAGUCCUGCACCUCUCCUCCCACCCUGUAUGUUAAAGCCUCCCAAACAGACCCAUCCCAGCCCCUGUGUUUCCGUAGUGACUGGAGAUGAGAACAUUUCUGAUAGUGAAAUCGAGCAGUAUUUGCGCACCCCUCAGGAAGUUAGAGACUUUCAGAGAGCCCAGGCUGCUGGCCAGGCAGCCAUGAGUGUCCCUAGCCCUCCGUGAUGCAGGUUCUUCCAGGUGUAGUCAGUAAUUCUGACUACGAUUUGCUAAUAGGCCUGCCAUGUUGCAAGAAGUAAAUGCACAUGACCAUUGGG